AUGAUGGGAAUGCCAGCCUACGUAAAAGAAAACUUGAAAAAUGCACAGCUCAUCCUCGAAUCGUUGAAGCAAGAUCAUGAACAAGCUCUAAAAGCACUAGAUGCGUUUGCGCAACGCUCCGAGGUUGAUGAGAACGAAGCGAGUGAUGUGGCAGCUGCCGCGACGGAUUCAGAGAAAGUUUAUAAUCAGGAAAAACUACCUCUGAUCAAGUCAGCACUUAAGCAAAUUCAAGACGGUUUGGAUGACUCUGAGGUAUUAGUUACUUUUGCGAAAUACGUGGAAUGUCUGGAGGCGGAAAACAUGCGGCUCAAUUUGCAUAAUCAACGUUUGUGUGAAGAGACUGGAUGGCUUCGAGAUGAGCUAAAGUACACUCAGGCGAAGCUGGGAGAAAACGAAGCACUACUGGCACAAGCGCUUGUUGAAAAGCGUCAUCUGGAGUUUAUGCUNAAGAGCCUCUACCCGGAACGGUUCACGAAAACGAUCGAGGUGAGUUGUUGA